GCUUUAGGAAAAAGAACUUGUGCCGCAAAUGUGGAAAAUGUUUUGCUCAGAAAUCGGAUCUGGCCAUACAUCGAGUAGUCCAUAUGGGCGAGAAACCCUUCAAAUGCUUAGAGUGCGGCAAGUAUUUUGUUCAUCAUUCAGAGCUUGUGAAACACCAUCGAGUCCACACAGGAGAGAGACCUUUUAAAUGCCUGGAGUGUGGGAAAUGUUUUUCUCGUCAGUCAGUCCUUGUGAAUCACCACAGAAUCCACACAGGAGAGAAGCCCUAUAAAUGCUUGGAGUGCGUGAAAUGCUUUACCCAGAGAUCACAACUGGUCAGACACCGAAGGGUUCACACAGGAGAGAAACCUUACAAAUGCCUGGAGUGUGAGAAAUGUUUUGCUCGUCACUCAGUCCUUAUAAAUCACCAGAGAGUCCACACAGGGGAAAAACCAUAUAAAUGUUUGGAGUGUGAAAAAUGUUUUGCUCGUCAGUCAGUCCUUGUCAACCAUCAGAGAGUCCACACAGGCGAGAAACCAUAUAAAUGCCUGGAGUGUGGGAAACUAUUUGCUCACCAGUCCAACCUCGUGAAUCACCAGAGAAUUCACACAGGGGAGAAACCAUACAAAUGUCUGAAGUGUGGCAAGGGUUUUGCUCAGCAGUCAGACCUUGUGAAACACCGGCGGAUCCAUACAGGAGAGAGACCCUAUAAAUGCUUGGUGUGUGGGAAAUGCUUCGCUAUACAUUCAGAUGUGGUGAAUCACCAGAGAGUUCACACGGGAGAAAAACCUCAUAAAUGCCAAGAAUGUGGGAAAUGUUUUGCUCAACGUUCAGCUCUUGUGAGCCAUCAAAGAGUCCACACAGGAGAGAAACCCUACCGAUGUUUGCAGUGUGAGAAAUGUUUUGCUCAGUUAUCAAAUCUUGUGAAACAUCAGAGGGUCCAUACAGGAGAGAAACCCUACAAAUGCUUAGAGUGUGGAAAAUGCUUUGCUCGACACUCACACCUUCGUGUACACUACAAAGUUCACUCUGGAGUGAAAUCCAAUGAACGCCACAAAUGUGGCGACAGCUUUAUUGAAAAAGGGAACUUUGUUCAGUAUCAGAUAGCAAACACAGGUGAAAUAAUUCAAGGUUAGUAAAGUAUUAUUCUAAAGGUAAUCCUUACACUGCAUCAGUCAGCCCAGCUGGCUUUGAAACUCCAUA